UGCGGAAGCUGCUUUGAGGGACGCCAGUGAUGCCGCGGGUUACGCCACGGAUGCGUUCGAAAAGGCCACGGGGGCGAGUCAGUUGGCAAAGAAGGCCUAUGGGAAACUCAACGCAUCAUAUUUCAGUGCCGUGGACUUGCAGGGAAAAACUGAACAGGCCGUGGCCGAUGCCGACGACGCCGUGUUUCUCAUGGAAGCGGAAGGGGGGGAUCAAGACUACGCUGGUGUCGCGACGCUGUGUGAUUCCGCGGCUACGAGUGCCGACGCAGCAAAGGCGCUCGCGCAGAGAAUCGGUGCGGAAGCUACGGAGGCGAUUCGCUUCGCUCAGGAAGCACUCCAGAGGGUCAACGAGGCGACUCCGCUUGCUGGCGAAGCAUCGAAGAAGGCCACGGGUGCCCAGGCCAAGGCGGAGGAAGCAGCGCAGAAAGCCAGGGCGGUGGAGACGAACUCUGACACAGAACAGAAAGCGAUGUUGGCCGUGGCUGCUGCGUCUGCUGCGGUUGAGAAAGCAGGGCAAGCAGUUGAUAUGGUUUUGGUCGUGAAGGCAGCCGUCGAUGCGCUGGAGCAGAGUGCCCAACUUGCGGUGGGCCACUCGGGAGUUGUGCUGGAGAGCGCGACGAACGUGUCCCGGGCUGCGACGGAUGCAAAGGAAUACGCACAGAAGGUGGCGGCUAACGCCUCAGGCCCAGAAGCGGACCGACAAAGGGCGCAGGAGUCCGCCAGUGCAGCAGUAGGCUACGCCAGCACCGCCACGGAAAGGUCACGGCAAGUCCAUGUUGACAUUUUCGAUGCACUUGAGCAAUCUGAGAAAUUGAGUGGGGACAUCGGCACCGUUGCGGCCCUCCUGGAUACUUUUCGAACAUCUGCGACGCGGGCUCGUGAGCAGGCCAACGCGGCCAAAGGUGCGGCGGAGACUGCGCUGGCCCAGGCUGAAGAGGAGUGGCGUCAGGAC